AUGCCCAGACGAAGACCUUUAUCGACGAGAAAUCUCCUCUUUUUCGUCGUUUUCUUAUUUUCAGUGAAAGCCGCUGAAACGAAUAAUGCUGCCGAUGAACUCACACAAAUGAAAAGCCUCGAUCAACCACCGCUCAGCUCAGCCGUUGAUGUUGAGAAGAGAGCCAUUGACGCGGCGGCUGAUCAAAACUCGGACGGGAAAUUCCAGCUUUACAUGGGAACGAUUGAUGGAGUGAGGCGAAUGCUGUUCAAUGAGGUCGACGGAGGAGAACAAGUUGUGCCAACCGAAGUUGGCGGUCGAGGUCGAGAGAUCGAUCAAUUCGGCGCCUAUGACGAUAACACAAUUGUUGAUCCGAAUCAAGAAAAGGGUAUUUUCAUCCCGCGUCCCUAUCGACCGAAAGAUGAGCGCAUUGAGGAAGCGAAAACGACAACCACAACCACAACCACACAAGCGCCCACGACAAGAAGACCAACCCUCCCACCAGCUCCUGUUCAACAGCCAGCUCCCUUCCGACCAGCUCAACCCCUACCACAAUCUCCAUCAAGACCACCGUUUUCACAGUUGCCCGGCCGUCUCCCACCACCACCCCAGACACGCCGACCCCCAAUCAUCCCCGUUCAUCAAACGGCCAGCCGCCCAUCGCAAUCCAUUCAACCUUUCCCACCACAGCCACAGCCAGCUUUCCGCCCAGUUCAACAGCAAACUUUCCAACCGCAACCAACCUUCCAGCAGCCCUUCCGACAGCCCUUCCAGAGCUUCCAAACGCCACGACCGGCUCCACCCAGCACACCAACUCCUCGUCCACCCUUCAACGGACCCGAUCCAAAUCGAAUGCGAACCGGGGUGUGCGCCAAUUCGAUCUUCUACAUUUCGACUCCAUUAUCCGGCCCUUCUCGACUCUCAUUCACUCAUUUUGCUAUCGCCGUCACGGUGGAUCAAUGCGCUCGCACUUGUCACGAAUUCAAUUGCGCUAUCGCUCACUACAACCCAGUAAACGGUCAUUGCGAGUUCAAUCCCUCAACAGCAUUUGCGAUCAGAAAUGGACAAUGCCCCGCGUGGCCAUCGCUUCACUAUAGAAACAACGUGGUCGCUUCGGAAGCGGUGCGCAUCUUUUGCGCCACCUGUCAACGACCAAGGCGCAGAAUCAGCAACAAUGUUAGAGGGCGCUUCAAUUUGAGACAAAGAGCGUUUGAUCCACGUAAAUCGCGAUCACAGCGUGGACGAUCGAGAAGGGAAAAGAGCCACUUCUCUUCCUCCAAUCAUGCGACUUCCUUCUCCUCCUCUUCCUCAUCUCGUUCAAUCCCUGUCAUUCACGGUGUCCUUCUCCGUCAACCCCAAUCCAAAGCAACAGGCUUAUCCACCUCAUCAUUCGUCGGUCUAACAAAUUCAGCUGAAACAUCAAAAGCGAGAGGGGCUCGAAAUCUCGAAGUCGAUUCGACGAUCCCAUUGCAAGAGGAAAUGGAAGAAGUGGAAGCGGCGCACAAAGGAAAAAUGAGGAGUCAA